AUGGUCAAGGUCGUCGUCACGGGCGCCAACUCGGGCCUGGCCCUCGAGGUCAUUGACGCCCUUGUCGAGGGCAAGCACGAGGUCCUGGCUUUGGUCCGACGGGACCCCUCGUCGUUCCCCCAGCAGCCCGGCGUGACCUGGGCGCAGACGUCGUUCAAGGACAAGGAUGAGCUCGUCCGGUUGUUCCGGGGCGCCGAUGCGGUGCUCAACUUUAUUGUGCUCAACAGCGACCCGGGCAACGAGGUGGCGAUCCGCGUCAUCGAUGCCGUGGUCGAGGCCGGCGUGCCGCGCUAUGCGCCGAGCGAGUGGGCCAUGGGCACCAAACUCAAGGACAUCAUCAGCGCCGUGCCGUUUUACCAGGGCAAGCUCGACGUGCAGAAGUACCUCGCCGACCUCAACAAGGAGAAGAAGGUGCUCGAGUACAGCCUCUUCCACGUCGGCUUCUUCUUCGAGUACGCCGCGUACCCGCGCGCCCUCAGCAAGCACGUGCGCCCCAUAGCCACCAACUGGCAGCUCAACGACGCCCGCCUCGUCAGCGUCAAGGGCUACGAGCACGACAAGGUGACCUUCACCCGCGUCCGCGACAUUGCCCGCGUCGUGCGCGGCGCCGUCGAGUACCAGGGCGCGUGGCCCGUGGUGGGCGGCAUCCGGGGCGCGGACAUUUCGGCGACGGAGUUCAAGGCCGCCGUCGAGGCCAAGCUGGCCGCGGGCAAGGGCCCCGGCAUUCUGCCCCCCGGCACGCGGACGCUCCGGGUCGACCUGGCCGACGAGGCCGUCCUGGCGCAGGGCAAGCUCGACCUGGCGAUGCCCAAGCUCAUGCACCCGUCGAUCCCCGACGACCUGCGCGACCAGUGGCACGCGCCCGUCUGGUCGGGCUCGCUGCUGGCGACGGCGCGCGGGGCCUGGAACGCCUCGGACGAGUGGAACCAGCUGCUGCCGGACAUCAAGAUGAGCACGGUCGACGACUUUAUCGAGGCUAUACUGGCGAAUGAGUAA